GCGAGAGAGCAGCAGCCAACCGGCAUCCCGGACCGAGAGCACGAUACGAAUAGCUCCGCUCCCCCGUCCCCGAGCGGACAGGCACGCCCCUGACACGUCCACGUCCAGGUCCAGCCGAGAGCCGUCCCCAUCCCAACCCACCCGUCGUCCGUCCACACCGCGUUGCCCCGCAACCGGACGCAACGAGCCAGCAGAAAACACCCCACCCCACACCACCCCCGCACGGCCGCGGUACAGAAGCGGGCCGACGACGCGCCCUCCUCCAGUCCUCCCUCCCGCACGGCCACGGCCACCCAACCCAGCUGCGCGCGACGCAAGUACCGAGCCGCGGGCCGUGCCCCACCUUUCUGCGCUGUCGCGCGCUCUCUUCCCCCCCUCCCCCACUGCUCCCCCUUCCUCCCGACGUUCACACUCUCAGCCCCACGUCGCGUCUUACAAGAGGCGUCGCAGCCUUCGAUUCCCCGAGAGGCGGCACGGCACGGCACGCUCUUGUAGGUAACGGCGGCGCGAGAAGCUAGCUGCUCGUCUUGCGGUUGCGGAGCUGCCGUCAUAGCAGCCUGUGCCGGGGUGCGGGGGACAUGAGCUGCCUGGGCUGGUUCAAGCGGCGGAGGUCCAGGAGCGGGGGGUCGUCGACGUCGACGUCGGGGAAGCGAGGGGCGUCGGCGUCGGCGCCGGUGUCGGUGUCUGGCCCCGCGACCACGAUGACCACCACGACGAUGGCGUCGGCGGUGAGCACGAGCCGGUCCGACGACUCCGGCGCGGUGCGGCCGGUGAGCAAGUCGGCGGGCUCGUCGUCGCAGGCGUCGCAGCGGAGCAUCUCGUCGCUGUACGAGGAGCGGGGCCACGGCCAGCUCCGGGUGUUCGACUACGAGGAGCUCCAGGGCGCCACCGCCGAGUUCAGCCGCGCGCAGAAGCUCGGCGAGGGCGGCUUCGGCAGCGUCUACAAGGGCUUCAUCCGCGCCGCCGACGGCAAGGGCGACCGCGUCCCCGUCGCCGUCAAGAAGCUCAACCAGCGCAGCAUGCAGGGACAUAAGCAAUGGUUGGCAGAAGUACAGUUCCUUGGUGUUCUGGAGCACCCAAAUCUUGUAAAGCUACUUGGAUAUUGUGCUGUUGAUAGCGAAAGAGGGCCACAAAGAUUAUUGGUCUACGAGUUUAUGCCCAAUAAGAGCUUGGAAGACCACUUGUUCAGGCGAGCUAAUCCUCCUCUAUCGUGGAACAAAAGGCUUCAGGUUAUCUUGGGAGCUGCUGAAGGAUUGGCUUACCUGCAUGAAGGGGUAGAAGUUCAGGUGAUCUACCGGGACUUCAAAACGUCCAACAUUUUACUGGACAAGGACUUCAGAGCAAAGCUAUCGGACUUCGGCCUAGCCAGGGAGGGUCCAACUGGAGAAAACACUCACGUCUCGACUGCGGUCGUCGGGACGCACGGGUACGCCGCGCCGGAGUACAUGGAAUCGGGGCACCUGACGGCGAAGAGCGACGUGUGGAGCUUCGGCGUGGUGCUGUACGAGAUCCUGACGGGGCGGCGGUCGCUGGACCGGAACAAGCCGGCGGCGGAGCAGAAGCUGCUGGAGUGGGUGGUCCAGUUCCCGCCGGACAGCCGCAACUUCCGGAUGAUCAUGGACCCCAGGCUCCGCGGGGAGUACUCGGUGAAGGCCGCCCGGGAGAUCGCCAAGCUGGCCGACAGCUGCCUGCUCAAGAACGCCAAGGAGCGGCCCACCAUGAGCGAGGUGGUCGAGGUCCUCAGGCGGGCCGUGCAGGCGCACGCCGAGCCUGACAGCCGGACUCCCGGCGGCCCCGGCGCCAAGGGGAAGAAAUCAUCCGACGCUGCCACACCGUCCAGGCGGUGAUUGGUACGUGUCGUCACCGGUGAAGGCGCUGUUGCCUUGCUCCGUAUUUCUGAAAUUGGUUAGUCUUAUUCGUGAGUUGUGACAGCACAAAAGGAGUGUUACUCUUGAGGCUACGUAUAAUUUUUUUUGGACACAUUACUUUAGACGACUUGUACAUAGAGAGGAGUUGGCGGAUUGAACUUGGUUCAUAGCUUUCGAAAGUGAGCAUUUUGAAAAAUUAUAGGAUUUCAGAAGUGGGCAUGUGUGAAAAGAAAUUUGCGCUGGGUCUACGAAAAGAUCUGUUUUAGCAUAAUCGAGUGAAAUCAGACAUGAGCGCACAAAGUUUCAGAAAGCAACUGACAAUAAUUUCGUCAAGCAUGUAUUAACAGAAAACAUAAUUUAUAGAAAUAGCCCGCAAUUUUGACUA